UGGUCCCGGGUGCAGGCGCGGCGAGGCCGGACGCGGGCGCAGGCGCUGGAAGAUGACUCGCUUCGCCCUGACCGUUGUCCGGCAUGGAGAAACAAGAUUUAACAAGGAGAAAAUAAUUCAAGGACAAGGAAUAGAUGAACCUCUUUCAGAAACUGGAUUUAAACAAGCAGCUGCUGCUGGUAUAUUUCUGAGUAAUGUAAGAUUUACUCAUGCUUUCUCCAGUGACCUCAUGAGGACAAAACAGACCAUGCUUGGAAUUCUGGAGAAAAGCAAAUUUUGCAAAGAUAUGACAGUAAUGUAUGAUUCAAGACUUCGGGAAAGAAGAUACGGGGUUGUAGAAGGCAAGGCACUGAGUGAGCUGCGGGCCAUGGCCAAAGCGGCUGGGGAAGAGUGUCCUGCGUUCACACCGCCCGGAGGAGAGACGUUAGACCAGGUAAAAAUGCGUGGAAAAGACUUUUUUGAAUUUCUUUGCCAACUAAUUCUGAAAGAAUCAGCUCAAAAAGAACGCUUUUCCCAAGGAGCUCCAAGCAACUGUCUGGAAACUUCUUUGGCAGAGAGAUUCCCUUUAGGAAAAAACCAUGGCUCUGAGUUGAAUUCAGGCGGCGGUGCGCGAGGGUUAGUAGCCAGCGUCCUAGUUGUGAGUCAUGGCGCUUACAUGAGAAGCCUGUUCGAUUAUUUUCUGACUGACUUUAUGUGUUCCUUACCAGCAACCGUGAGCAAAUCCGAACUUGUAUCAGUCACUCCCAAUACAGGGAUUAGUGUCUUUGUCAUAAACUUUGAGGAAGGAAGAGAAGUUAAACCAACAAUUCAGUGUAUUUGUAGGAGCCUACAGGAUCAUCUAAGUGGAACAGCUGAAACUCGCUAAGUUUAAAGUUACAACAAAAUCUAAGAAUUUUGAGCCCCUGAAGGAAAUGCCUUUGGCUUUAUUUACUUCUGUUCUCGGCUAACACUGAUUUGGAAACCAUUAAAAGCCAAUUAUAAAGUUCAAGUGGACUCACAGGCACAUAAAACUUUAAUGGAAAACCAUUUAGAAUUGACUUAUUUUGUCUGAGUAGAGUUAGGCGUUUUCCAGGGUAAUUUUACCACCCUGCUCAGUUACAGUACAGGAUUACAAAUGGAUGAAGGAACUCAGUAUUGCAAGUGGGGGAUUAAUAACUUUGUUACCAUGCUUUUUUUCCAUGUUGAUAUUUUUCUUUAAUUUCUGAAAAAUCUAGCAUAUCUUAUUGAUAGUUGGUAAAAUACUGUGUUUUUUACUGUCUCUUCCAGUGCUUGGAAGGAACACUUUAUAAUUCACACUGCAUAUUUAUGAUGACUACGUUAUUAAGAAAAUCCUUCAAAGGAAAGAGUGUUACCAUCAUAAGUUUAUGAAAAGUAAAAUGACACUAAAAUGCUUUACAUAUAAAUCAACUGUUGGAGUUUGUCAUUAUGGAGGGCUUGAAGUAUGGAAAUGUGGAGGAAUACAGUUAAUGUUCGCAGAAUUGUCUGGGAGAAAGAAAUUAAAAUAUCAUUUGAUUAAAAAACAUAAGGAAUCUUUGAGCAGAAAAUAAAAGAAUAUCCUUUUCUAAACAAUUCCUUCAAAAGGGAAACCCGGAAAGCCAAAGAAAAAGUUUGACUAAGAAGAGAAUGAAGAAAAAUAUCCACUUGCUUCUUAUCUAACCUGUAGGCUAAAGAAUUUCCAGUUUGAGGCAGGCUUUAAAGGAAGUAAAUACUUAAUAGUACACUCCAUAGUAACGUAAGAAUAAAAGAGGGAGUUUCCUUAUGAAGAAUGGUGCUCUGACCACAUCUGUGGUUAUUUUGUGGAAGGUACAGGUGGAGGCUGCCUUUUCUUUCCACCAGAUGGCACUGGAGGAAAGGGAUUUUGGUUAAUUUAAUUUUGUGCAUAAGAUUGGUCCUCCAAAAGUCCUUAUCUAGAUGAAGAAAGUAUUUUACAUGUAGUUGCUUUUAAGUCACCAUGUUGAUGAAGCUGUGUGAGUCUCAGCUUCUAAGAGGAUUAAUGCCAAGGUUGUCAGUUAAGGCUAAAAUCACACAUAGUCAACAUUUACUUUAAGCAUCAUGUGAAUCGUAUGUAAUGUUCAAUAUCGUACUGCUUUCGAUGUGUCCAGCACAGCCAGUUUUCUACCAGCACUGGAACGGUGCCUGUGUUUGAGCACCAGAGGAAGUAUACUCUAAA